AUGAACUGUAAUAAUUGUGCAUCGCCAAUAACAGAUGGAACCACAUUGGUAUCAACAUGUACUGGUAGCAACUUUAUGGUGUUUAUGACAAUUUUGGAAUUCUUCAUUCGCAAACAGUGCGAUCUUGAAGAUCCAUGUGGACGAAUAACACCUCUUGAUGAACCAGAGAAAAGUUAUGAUUUCAUCGUCAUUGGUGCCGGAAGUGGAGGAGCGACAGUUGCUUCAAGAUUAUCAGAGCGAAAAGAUUUUUCUGUCUUACUUCUCGAGGCAGGAUUGGAUGAGCAUGCAUGGACACAUGUUCCAGCGUUUUUUGGAAAUACUGUUGGUACGAAGCUAGAUUGGAGUCACGUAGGCGAGGUUGAGACUACUGGAUGUCUAAAUUAUCGUGAUAGGAGAUGCAUAUGGCCUGCAGGAAAGAUGUUGGGUGGUUCGAGUUCACUUAAUGGAAUGAUGUACAUAAGAGGUUCUCGUAAAGAUUUCGACGAUUGGGAGAAAAUGGGAAAUAAGGGUUGGUCCUAUAAGGACGUCCUUCCUUUUUUCAAGAAAAGUGAAAAUAAUUUACAAAUGGAUUUAGUGGAUCCGAAAUAUCAUGGGGUUGGAGGACCAUUACCAGUGACACAAUUUAGUAAUCAACCUCCUAUGUGUUAUGACUUUUUGGAUGCUGCACAAGAAUUAGGUUACGAUAUUAUCGACUUGAAUGGAAAAACCCGUACCGGUUGGACCAUUGGUCAGACCACUUCUCGAAGGGGUUCCCGAUAUUCAACAGCCCGAGCUUUUCUCCGACCUGCACGAAAUCGUCCUAAUCUUCACAUUAUGAUUAACAGCACCGUGACAAAAAUUAUUUUCAAUGACGACAAAAAAGCAAUUGCUGUGGAAUUUUACAAAAGUGGAAAACUUAUUAGAGUAGGCGUCAAAAAAGAAGUUGUUAUCAGUGCAGGUUGCAUGAGUUCACCACAUAUACUUUUAAACAGCGGUGUUGGACCAAAGGACGAAAUAGAAAAUGUGGGAGUUAAAUCAGUUCAUAAUCUUCCUGGUGUUGGGAAGAAUUUUCACGAUCACGUUUCAUACAUGAUGACAUUUUCAGUUAAUGAAGAAGAUGGAUACCUACUGGAUUGGUCUACUGCCAUGAAUUACAUUCUUCGCAGAAAGGGACCACUAUCUUCAACAGGUCUUUGGCAAGUGACUGGAAUGAUAAAUACAAAAUACGCAAAUCCAGAAGACGAUAAUCCGGAUAUACAAAUAUUUGGAGGGUACCCACCAGUUUGUUUCCAGUACGGAAAUAAUCACGUUAACGUUAAUAUAACUUCGCGAAGAAUAAUUUUGUUAUUCCCAGAAGUUCUUCAUCCUAAAAGCAAAGGAUUCGUUAAAUUAAGAGACAAUAAUCCCCUAUCGAGGCCAGUUAUUAAUUCGAACUUUUUAUCGCAUCCUGAUGAUAUUGCUGUUCUGAUUGAGGGAAUAAAGUUUGUGAUCAAAUUGACUGAGACAGAAGCACUAAAAAAGUACGACUUUCAAUUAAACAAGACGUCAGUGAAAAAUUGUGAACAUUUGAAAUUCGGCAGCGAUCCCUAUUGGGAAUGUGCAGUGAGACGUGAUACGGCUCCAGGUGCUCAUUACGCUGGUAGUUGUAAAAUGGGAGCAAAUACAGAUCCAUUGGCAGUUGUUGAUGAACAAUUAAGAGUCAGAGGUGUUCGUGGCGUCAGGGUCGCUGAUAACAGUAUUAUGCCUCAGGUCGUUUCCGGAAAUACCAAUGCUCCCGCUAUUAUGAUUGGUGAAAGAGCUGCCGAUUUUAUCAAGAAAACAUGGAAAUCACGAUAGACGAACAAAAAUAAAAAUAAUAAUAACAAAACUUGAAUCUAUUUCUGUUCUUCCGAAACUAUUAGACCUUUAUAUCCAGAAUUAAAAUAGUUAAUAAUUUA